CUCCUGCUCCAGCGGCAAAGCCGGCACUGACCUCGUGCUGCUGCUCGUCCUCCGGGUCUCUGUCCUCCUCCCCUCCCCCCUCACUCUCUCCACUCUCCACUCUCCAGCCAGCCUCUCCCUCCCCGGGCUGCGUUCCUGUCGGUGGAGCGCAAUGACGGUCGACCCGCGGCAGCUGGUGGCCGGCUUCCUCACCCUGUCCAUGUUCGUCAUGCUCGGCAACAUGAUCAAGCACGACCACUUCACCCCCGUCGGCGGCGAGGAGUUGGCCUUGGAGACAGCAGGUGUAGAUUCAAACGAAAUUAAAGUUGCAGAUACAACCGAAAUAACCAAGGUCAAUACGGUUGGAGUGGAUCUACCAAAGGAGACCGCUGAGGAGAUUAGACCUUGCUGGUCCAAACCAAGCCCAAAUGUUCAGGAGUCUAAGGGUUUUGUUACAUUCUCAUUGACUAUGGGCCCUGAAUUCCACAUCUCACAGAUUACUGAUGCUGUGGUUAUUGCAAGAUAUCUAGGUGCGACACUUGUACUUCCAGAAAUUAGAGGAAAUGAGUUAGGGAAGAGGCGCAAAUUCGAAGACAUGUAUGAUGUGGAUAAAUUCAUGACAAGCUUGGAUGGAGUGGUCAAAGUAGUACAUUCACUUCCUAAUAGAGUGUCUGCUAAGAAGCCAGCAGUAAUUAGAGUACCAAACAGGGUGACUGAAGAAUUCAUCUCGGGAACCAUUGAGCCAAUCUUCCAAAGAAAUAACUACUUACGACUUGCGACUAUUUUCUCUUCAAUAAGUUUAAAACAAAAGGAGUCAAGCAACAAGGACUUGGACUCUACUGCUUGCCUCGCAAUGUUCAGUGGCCUUGAGUUGAAACCUGAAUUUUCAGCAGUAGCCAAACAUAUGUUGGACAGGCUUAAAGAAAUAAGCAAGCCCGACGGGAUGGUUAUAGCAGUCGAUAUGCAGACUGAAUUGCUAGAAAAGAAGAAUUGUAAAACGAGUGGAGGUUCAAGAAGAAGAGGCUGUUAUUACCCUCAGGAAGUUUUGAACUUCCUGAAGAAGGUUGGCUUCUCUGCUAAUACAACAAUCUACUUGACAGAGACAUGGUGGCACAAAAGCCUGAAUACUCUGAAGGAGGCAUUUCCAAACACUUACACCAAGGAUGAUAUAAUGCCAGCCGCUAACAAAGGUGAAUUCCUGAAAUCUGGAGAUUCAUACCUAGCAAGAGCGCUGGACCUCAAAAUCUGCUCGGAGAGCGACGUGUUCGUCCCUGCCAUCCCUGGCCUAUUCUAUGGGCAUGUCGCCGGGAAGAGGAUAGCAUCAGGCCUGACCAACAUUAUAGUUCCUGCUCCAGUGUCCAGCACUUCAGCUCUGGCUUCAGAGUUCAUCUCCACAUAUAUUUCCAAGAAGAGUCAUCUUGCCUACUCAUGUUACUGCUAGUACUGUUUUUUAUCAUAAUCAUUAUCAAUAAGUUCAACUGAAGUGAGUUGCUUGGCCAAAAGCUUUGGGUACAUAUGUAAGUCCUUUUGUUGUAUACCAGUUCAUGAUGUUGUGAGUCUGAGAAACAGUAUCAUCUGUCUGUUACAUAAUGUUGUUGAGAACAAAAGGAGAGAAGCACAAAAUUAGUGUGCUGAAAAAUGGGCAUUAGAUUAGGCAUGUGGAAAGAGUGUGCUUCAUGUACUACCAAGUUAUGGUUCAUCAGCUGGAAAUUGCUCUAAAAUACUUUCAUAGGA